AAAAAAAAACAAAUAAAAAAUGGCGGACAAAUAAACUUCGAACUCAAAAGUCAAAAUAUUGUUGCAAUCAUAAUUUUUUUAAAAUACUAAAUGAAUUUAAAAUAGCUAUGUUUUAUAAUAUUAAGAUAUAAAAAUGUCCGAAGUUGUAUGUAAGUUGGAAGACGAUUUGUGUCGUUGUUGUCACAGUGAAGGGGCAUACAAGAACCUCACCGGAGUUUACAAUUUUGGCGGAAUCGAAGAAAUCUACUAUGAUAUGCUACGCGAUACUUUUGAUAUUAAUUUAAACCCGAUGCCGGGAUUAUUAUGCGUUUCUACAUACACAAUAUGCGAUGCAUGCAUAGAAAAGUUAAGAGAUGCUACCAACUUUAAGAAACAAGUACUUUUCUAUGAGGAUAAAUUCAAGGAAAUGAUUAGCAAAAAUUUAAUCAGAGGAGCUGAAUCAGACGACGUUUUAGAAAUUAAACAAGAAGAAACUGAUGAAGUUUUCAGCAGGAUACCUGGUAACAGAGUCAAGGUCAAGAAGCGGAGUGUGAGCACCACAUUGAGCGAUCACAACGAUGAUGUUGACUGGCAUUGCGAUGAUGAAUUACUCGAUGAAGAUCAUAAAGGACAAUCCGAAGUGCCAAAGAAGAAAUCUAAACGUGCUCAAAGCAAAACAAAGGGCAGGUCGAAAAAGGACUUGAACAAAAAGAAGAAGAUUAAAAUGGAAUCGAGCGCAGAGAACAAGGAUAAUGCUGAAGGGCACAACGAGAUCCCGCGCUAUUACACGAUCGUGCGAAACGAUUAUACCUGCAACGUUUGCCACAGAACGUACGCGUCCCAACCGCUGGUGUCACAGCACUAUCGAUUCGUCCAUUUAAAACGUAGACCGAAGAACCGAAAGUGCCCGCAUUGCGACCAAAGAAUCCCGGGUCACUUGAGGGCGUAUCACUUGGCCGACGCUCACGGCAUACCCGCCCCAACCUGCGGCAUAUGCGGGAAACGCUACCGGUACAAUUGUCAUUUGGUGCAGCACCAAAAGAAGGUGCAUAUGGGCGAGAAAAGUGCCGUAUGCGGGGUCUGCGACAAGGGAUUCUUCAAUGACGUCAGCUUGAAGCUGCACAUGAUGACGCAUUCUGACGAGAGGAAGCACGAGUGCGGGCAUUGCGGCCGCCGAUUCCGUUGGGAGAGCAAUCUGAAAGAUCACGUUAAAAUUCACACGGGUGACAAGAGUCACGUCUGUCGGAUCUGCGAGAAGGGCUUCAUUCAGAAGUCGACUUUGAAACAGCAUCUGACCAGGGUACAUAAUGAGAUUGGUGCUGUGUGGACAGCGACGAAGGCGAUCGACGAUUAUUACACUAGAGAAAUAGCCGAUGACGCGAUGAGGUACACUUGCAAAACGUGCGGGCGAUCAUUCAAGAAUAUCCCCUGCAUCAGGCAGCAUUACACGCACGUACACCUGAAGAUGCGUCCGAAAUUACGCGGGUGCUACCUCUGUGCGGUUAAAGUUGCGUCCCAUAUGCGGGCCGCACAUAUGGAGCAGGCUCACGGCGUUCCGGCCCCGACCUGCGGAGUGUGCGGCAAGAAAUUCCCGUACCAGAGCAAGAUGCUGAAGCACCAGAAGAACGUUCACAUGGGCGAGAAGUCAAUCGCGUGCAGCGUUUGCGAUAUGAAGUUCUUCUCGCGAACGAAUUUGGCCCAGCACUCGAUAAAGCAUUCCGCGGAGAGGAUUCAUAAGUGCGAUUUUUGCGGGAAAGGUUUUAAGUGGCGCAAGAAUUUGAGGACCCACGUCAGGAUGCACUUGAAUGACAGGAGGUACGCGUGCUCGGUCUGCGACGAGGCCUUCGUCCAGCAGACCAGCUUGAAGUAUCACAUGAUGAAGAAACAUCCUGCCGUAGUUUGAAUUUUUAUGGUGUUUAAGAAUGGAAACGGAUUUUUUUAACAAUAAAUGAUUGUUUUUUUA